CAAUCAACUUAGGUUUCUGUAACUCAAUCAACUUAGGUUUCUCUAAUUCAAUCAAGUUAGGUUUUUCUAAUUCUUUCAAUUCUUUAGUAUUUUUUAUUUUAUCAUUUUUAACUUCAUCUUUAAAAUCUAAUAAAUAAUUUCAUAUUAAUUAAUAUUAAUAAUAUUCUAUAAGUUUUUUUUUAGAUCAAUGACAUUAAUAUACCUUCAAUUGAUGAAAUAUUUUUAUAAAAAUGUAACUUUCUGCGUGUUUUACAUUUUUCUGGAGUGCAUACUAUCCUUUUUUUACCAGUGUCAUAUGUACAUUCAUCAGCACAAUUGCGCAUGUUUAAUUUCUCUUUCAAAUAUAAAAUUUUUUGAGCACAAUAACAACAUUUGCCAAAAUAAUUGGGUAUAGCACACUACACAUAUAUACAGUUUUUUUAAUAAUUAUUAUAUUUCUUAUAAUUAUUAUUUUUAUAACAAUUAUUAUUUACUUUUUUACAUGUUGUAUAAGGAUACACAUUAUAUUCUUCUUCCAUUUUUUGUAGUUCAGAAAUAAUGAUGAGCUGUCUAUUGAGGGUAUCAAGUCGCGUUGAAAUAUUGUGCAUCCCAAAUUUUAAUUAAUAUUUUAGAAUUAAUUGUCAUAAUAAUUUAUUUCUUUUAUGUAGAUUCUAAAUUACUGACAUUUAAAUAAAUGAUAUAGUAUAUGAUAGAUAUGAAAUUGUUGAGCAUCCAUUUUGCAUAGAUUGUCUUCUUUUUUAUUUAUGUAAUCUCUCAAUUUAUUAUUGAUGUACAUUUACAAAAUUUAUUUUGAGCUGAUAUUACAACACUCUUUCGAGUAACAACGAAUUAGACAAAAGUAACGCACACAAUGCAAAAUAAUGGUAGUAGACAAUCAUCUACUAACAAAAAAAGUAGAUAUUCUUAAGUACUAUUAUUUGUGCAAUGUAUUGUCGUUACUUAAACUUAUUUAAGCAAAAAAGAUCGCAUUAUAUAUCGUGGAAUAUCUUGUUUCUCUGGGGAUUUGGAUUAUGGAUAGCUCUGUGUACAAGUAAUAUGUAUAAUUCAAUUAUAAUAGAACAAGAUCUUGGAAUUACGUAUAAUACUUCAAUAAAAGCAAAGAAUAUAGAAGAUAUCGUAAAUAUUACAAAAACAAAUUAUAAUUUUUGUAACAUGAUAUUAAUAUUAAAAAUUAUGCUUCAAUAUAUUUAUAUCUUUGUAUCUAUAUCUUUUAUAUUAUUUUUCAUAUAUUCACAUGGUUAUUUAAAAAAAGUGAUAAAUAAAUGGAAAAAUAUGAUGUGCAGCAGUUCAAUUAUUCCUUAUUUUGAAACUUUCUUAAAAAAUCGUAAAAAAAAUGUUUUUAAUAAAAAUGAUUCUGCUAUGUUAGAAUUUAGAAGAAAAUUUAUGACAAAUUCUGAAAUCAAUCAUAAUACAUUCUAUUUUCAAACAAAUUUAAGUUAUGAUGGUGAAGAAGAUAAAUUAAACUUGGAAAAAAAUAAAAAUAUAUUGGAUAAAGAUAUAAAUAUUGUUCAAAAUGAAAUUAUUUUUAAUACUUAUACAUUAUUGCUUUUCAACAAUUGUGAACUUAAUCAAUACUUCAAUAAUCAACAAUUAAAAAGUUAUUUAUCAAUGAAGCAUUUCAUAUGUCAAGAUUCACAGUUUAUAAAAAAUAAUUUGAAAAAUUCAAAUAAUUAUAAAAGAAAUGAUAAUUCUUUAUCAAAAAAAGUUAUACAAAGAGGCAUUGUUAGCUCUUCGCCAGAAUUUCAAAAUUUUUUAGCAAAUUUAAAGAAAUCUCAAUUUUUUUAUCCAUGCCUAUUAGAAGUAUCUACAAGUUACAUGAUCCAUAUAAAAUCAAUACAUAAAUAA